UCAAAUUUUUUUUUUUCAAAUUAAAGUACAUUACAUUAGCUUUAAUUUAAGAUAUAUAUAAAAGUGUCAGACCUUCCGGAACAUUUUCAAAAGUUAAGUUGAAAAAGUUAAUUUUUUGUGAAAAAGUUGUCAUUUUAAAUCCCCCCCUGUGGGCAGGUUAAGUGUCAGAUUUACAAAAAAAAUAUACCAAAUGAUAGGUAAAGACAUCAAGCAUCUAUAUAAAAAAAAGUUAUAUUGAUAUGUUCAUUUUUGAAAAAGUUAUGGCAUUAUUAAGUUAAAAAUAUAAAAAAAAAUUAUUUUAAAAAAAUCGUAAUUUUUUAUUAACUUUGAUGUCAACUUUCACAACGAAGACAAGUCCAGAGGUCAAAUUUUUUUUUUUCAAAUUAAAGUAUAUUACAUUAGCUUUAAUUUAAGAUAUAUAUAAAAGUGUCAGACCUUCCGGAACAUUUUCAAAAGUUAAGUUGAAAAAGUUAAUUUUUUGUGAAAAAGUUGUCAUUUUAAAUCCCCCCCUGUGGGCAGAUAAAGUGUCAGAUUUACAAAAAAAAUAUACCAAAUGAUAAGUAAAGACAUCAAGCAUCUAUAUAAAAAAAAAUUAUAUUGAUAUGUUCAUUUUUGAAAAAGUUAGAGCAUUAUUAAGUUAAAAAUAUAAAAAAAAAUUAUUUUACAAAAAUCGUAAUUUUUUAUUAACUUUGAUGUCAACUUUCACCACGAAGACAAGUCCAGAGGUCAAAUUUUUUUUUUUCAAAUUAAAGUAUAUUACAUUAGCUUUAAUUUAAGAUAUAUAUAAAAGUGUCAGACCUUCCGGAACAUUUUCAAAAGUUAAGUUGAAAAAGUUAAUUUUUUGUGAAAAAGUUGUCAUUUUAAAUCCCCCCCUGUGGGCAGGUUAAGUGUCAGAUUUACAAAAAAAAUAUACCAAAUGAUAGGUAAAGACAUCAAGCAUCUAUAUAAAAAAAAAUUAUAUUGAUAUGUUCAUUUUUGAAAAAGUUACGGCAGUUUUUAGUAAAAAAAAUUGAAAAAAUUUCGAAAAUUAGCGAUUUUUAAAUUUGUAAUUUUUUUGGAGGUUUCCCCCAUUUACGGGGAACGAGGGAAAAUUUUUCAAUUUUGAAGGGUAAUGUCUUCGACUAGAUACGAUUUGUGAUCUUUUGACGUAUCGUUGAAAGAAAUCCGUUCGGUGAGAGCUGAGAAAAAGUAGUAACAGACACAAAAAAAAAAACACAUCAUAGUAAAACCAAUACCUUUUCAGCUUCGCAUCGAAGCUAAAAAGACUCAAAAAUACUAAUACCUAUGUACAGAUUGCAUAUGGAUAGUAAGUAUUAUCCUGAACCUUUGAAAUUUGAUCCAGAUAGAUUCUCUGACGAAGAAAAAGCAGGGCGAACUAGUGGUACUUAUCUACCUUUUGGAGAUGGACCUCGUGUUUGUAUUGGAAAACGUUUUUCUGAAAUGGAAAUGAAACUAGCGUUGACUGAAUUGCUGACGAGAUAUGAGGUAGAACCAUGUGAGAAAACUGAUUCGCCUCUAAUAUUUUUUGUGAAAACACCAGUAUUCACACCUACAAAUGGAAUUAAAUUAAGGUUUAGAAAACUUUAAAAUACAUUACUUUUUGAGUUUUCAAUUUCAUUUAUACUUAUGAUUAUUAUAUUUCACUAAGUUUACAUUUUAUCUUUAUAUUAUUCAUAAGUAUCAUCCUACCUUUACAUUGAUUUGUAUUGAUCAUUGAAACCCAAUCAAACUUUUCUACAUAUCUCUUUAAAGUAAUUAUUUAGCAAUAACUGCAGUUUUUUUUUUAUAAAAAUUUCAUAUGAAAUUUAGAGUGAAAAAUGAAUUUAGUCUACUCUUUAAUAUAAAAUAUAUAUUAAUAAUUUUUAUUUUUUACAGUCAUAAAUUAAAUUUUGAUAAAUAUGUAAAAAGGAUAGUCUAAAUUACUUUAAAGAAAAAAUUAAUUUCAUAAUCUAACACGAUUUCACACAUUGAUAAACAUUUUAUAAGUAUGCCAAUGUUUUUAACCCUACAACUUACCCCAUAAAAUAUAUAAUUAUAUCACAAAUUUUAUAUAUUUAUCUUUUUCUUGAAACCCUAAAUUUUUAAAUAUUUCAUCCCAAUUAUUGACGACACUGUUGUCGUGCCACUUAAUUAUAUUUUUAUUUUAACUAAUAUUAUAGUUAUUUUAUUAAAACGAAUUCAUGUGUAAUAAACAAUACUCAUUGUAAAUAAUAUAAUUUUUCACUUCAUUUAUGAUUAUGACUUCAGUUCUGUUGGCCUUUCGUAAUCUUUACUAUAUACAGAGUGGUCCAGCAUGUUCUCACAAUACCUAUAACAUUUAAACUAGCUAAUGUUUUACAAUAUUUUUUAAAAAAUAUUUGUGCUAUAAUGUUUAAUUGCUUAAUAUAUUAAUGUUUAUAAAACUUUUAUAUUUUAAAAAAAUGAAUAAUAUUUUCAAAAAUUCACGAAAAAUAAAAAAAUUCAAAGUAACCAUUUUGUAGACCAUAUUUAAAAAAACACUAUCAAUGUACAGUAAUCAAAUUUCUACACCGUUUUAAAAUUUGUAAAAAACUUAAUAUUUACGUGUUAACUCUCAGUAUUAAUCGUUUGUCGAUAUUGCGAAGAAAAAAUUGAAUAGAACGCUAUCUUUUUACCAUAAAUAUUAAUGAUAUGUAAUCAAUAUAAUUUUUUUAAUUAAAAUUAAUGUUUCUACAACGAUUGUUUAUAACUAAAAUUAACAAAAAUGAUAGAAAUAUUAU